UCGUGGUCGCUCCCGCUGGCCGUAUGUGAACGCCGAAUGUUGACAUUCAACAUGGCGGCAUGUCGUCAGUGCUGUGCUGUGUCGUGCUUGUGUCAUUGUUAGUUUAGGACACUUCUGAAACUAAGGCUCACUGUAAAUUCUACAUUUAAAAGCUGAAGAAGGAAAACGAACGUUACUAUAGAAAUAUCAAAUAUCGGAAGAACACAAUCAGACUCAGCACGCAUUGAAGACAUCUGAGGAUUUUCAAGUCAACAUUUAUCCUUUAAAUCUCCUAUGUUUUUGAUUUACUCUUUUUGUAAGGGAUAACUGAUGUUUAAAAGGAAACACAGUUGUUCUAGUGCACGCUAAAUUGAGUAUUUAUCAGUUGUUAUAAUAUUCAAGCAUAUACGUAUGGAAAGUAUUGACAGUAUAUGGUGUGCUAAGAUUUUGUACUUGUAUUAAGUCGUAAAAGUCAGCAUUAACCGCAUUGUUCAUUUGUAUAUUGUAUACACAACAAGCCUUGUGAGCAAGAGAUAGGUGAGCCAAUACAGUGACCGUGAUUGUGAUUGCGGCUGAGAUUGUGCUGCUCCGCUUGGUUAAUAGAACAUUUUUAUCUGCGUUUAAGGAGUGCCAAGUUUGUGUGUCGAACUACUAUGGUACUCUUUGGUAUAAAUAAUUCAUGAUAAACGCGUUAAAAUAUUUUCAAGAGACCUCACUUCCACUUUCUGGUCACAAAGGAGCCUGCAUUUCUGCAGCAUUUUUAAGGAGCCACUCUUCCUCUUCAUUAAGUUCUUGUAAUAUUAUAAUAGUGAACAAAGAUAUAAGGUACCAAGAACCGUUCUGUGAUAUCUAUGUUAAACAAAUAAUUGAGAAAGACUAAAAAUUUCUAAAUAUAAGUAUAUAUAUAUAUUGUGGGGUGAAACAAGUGUGUAAACGUAAAAGAAAUUAAGUAAUUGUUUCAAGAGAAGAAGGGCUAAAUUAUACGUAAAUAUUAUACAUAAUACUGCGCAAAUUGAAAAGACAAUGUCCAACAAUCCUCAGUGGAAAACGUUCCAGCCGCCGCCAAUCAUGAACUCUGACCCAGCAAUACUUGAUUAUAAGUCUAUGGCUAUACCAAAUCCUAAAGCCAUAACGGGAUCUCAUCAGCCAACGUCUAAUAAUUAUCGAAAUGGUACCAACUACACUGGUGAUCAUUAUAUGGGUUCACCUCCUGAAUGUGGUAAAAAUUCUACCACUAAUUAUGGAAAUUAUCCUGGUACACAAUCGUCGCCACGUAAUGGCGCCACAAGAUUUCCGUUUGAAUUCACAGGCAUGGAAACAAAUGCUAGUUAUCCAAACGAACCUGCCACUAAUAAUUCUACUUACCAGGAUCAAUCUGCGAAUCAAGGAACACGGGAAACUGGUAUAAUUGAAAAAUUAUUGCAUUCUUACGGAUUCAUACAAUGCUGUGAAAGACAGGCAAGAUUGUUUUUUCAUUUUAGCCAAUUUAGCGGUAAUAUUGAACACUUGAAAAUUGGAGAUCCAGUAGAGUUUGAAAUGACUUACGAUCGACGAACAGGUAAACCUAUUGCAAGCACCGUCAGCAAAAUCGCUCCAGUGGCAUUAGGCGAUCAACGGUGCAUUGGCAAUGUAACGACAGAGUUACAAGCGAGCGGCGAUUCGCAGGGGCGUAUCAGUUAUGAAAAUCGUGGAGAAUGUUUUUUUUUGCCAUAUACCAAAGAUGAUGUUGAGGGAAACGUCACCUUAUGUGCUGGUGAUAAAGUGUCAUUUCAAAUUGCUACUAAUCAACGAGGAAACUUGGGUGCAUGUAAUGUAAGACUAGAAAAUCCGGCACAUCCGGUUCGUUAUCGCGGAGUGGUAUGCUCAAUGAAAGAAAAUUUUGGUUUUAUCGAGCGUGCUGAUGUAGUCAAAGAGAUAUUCUUCCACUUUAGCGAGGCUAAAUCUAUGAAAGAAGAACUUAGGCUAGGAGAUGAUGUAGAAUUUAUAAUACAGACCCGCAAUGGGAAGGAGGUAGCUUGUAAUAUUACAAAGUUACCGCCUGGCUCAAUUGUAUUUGAAGAAGUCAGUAAUGAAGUGGUGAAAGGGCAAGUCUUGAAACCUUUGGAGAGAGGCACUGCUGCUCGUCAUCAAAAUGAUCCGUUACCUGGUCGUAUUCGAUAUAGAGACAGUGAUCAUUCUGAAGUUGAAGUACCCUUUGGUGAUAAAGAUCAAAAAGGAGAUUUUACUCUUAGGCAUGGGGACUGGGUCCAAUUUCGUAUUGCGACAGAUACUAGAGAUCAGCUUAAAAGAGCUACAGAGAUAAUGUUAUUACCAGAAUCUUUCACUGUGUCAGGGGAAAAACGAGAACAAGGUGUAAUACAGUCUCUUAAAGAUGGAUUUGGCUUUAUUCGUUGUGUAGAAAGAGAGCCAAGACUCUUCUUUCACUUUAACGAAGUUCUUGAUGUUGAUAGAGAAAUUAGUGUAGGGGAUGAAGUUGAAUUUACAGUCAUGCAAGAUCCUUCAUCAUCAUUCUCUAAUACUCGACAAAGUGCUACUAGACUGAAACACUUGCCAAUGGGUACUGUAACAUUUCAAACUAUUAUAGAGAAGGAUAUAUUAGGUACUGUAAUACAGGAUACUAAUUCGAUGGAACCUGGUCUUAUUGGAUAUGGCCAACAGAAGAGCAUCAUUUUCUUCUCCAAAGAUUGCGACCCUAAACAUAUUCCAAAAUUGGGUGAUAAGGUAAUGUUCAAUAUUGUUCAAGUGAAACGAAAUAAAGAACUUGUUGCUGAAGACAUAUUUUUAGUAAACGCCGCUGGUGAAAAAAUUCAAAAUGUUAACAAAAAAUCAAACGGACAAGUAUGUCAAGGUUUUAUCGCCGCCCUUAAGGAUGGGUUUGGCUUUAUUGAGACCGUAAAUCAUGAUAGAGAAAUAUUUUUUCACUACAGUAAUUUUGAAGGAGAUGCUAGUACAUUGGAAUUAGGAGCUGAUAUCGAAUGUACAAUUAGUAAUUCGAGUAAUGGAAGAGGGUCUGGAGGUUGCGUAGCUGCGGAUCAUGUUAAAGUAGUACCUCGCGGAAGUAUUCCCAGGCCAACGCCAGUCAGCGAGGUACUCGAUGGUACUGUGGUACGACCGUUGCGAAGCGCAAAUCCUGAGCAGGCUGAGUACGCUGGUUUGAUCAAGAUUAAUCCAACUAACGAAGAUGAAGAGACGCCGGAAUAUGAAUUUGGGAUCAUGGGACUUUCUAACAAACGGGAGCUAUUGCAGGCUGGCGAUCCUGUGCAAUUACAGGUUGAUUCAGCGGGUCAUGCUUGUAACAUCGUAGCUGUUAGGAAAAAAAGAAGAGCGACUGUGGAUGCAAUGAAGGGCCCCUUCGGCUUUCUCGCUUAUGAAGUCGAUGAAGGUAGAAAAUUAUUCUUCCACGUAAGUGAGGUUCGAGAUCACGUUACGCUGCAGCCAGGAGAUCAGGUUGAAUUCGUUUUGGUUACUAAUCAACGUACUGGCAAAUCAUCAGCGUGCAGUGUAACUCGAUUAAGCGAUGCAGUCCAGCAAAGACCCGAGCGAUUAAUAAGUCGAUUACGUACUAUAUCGCUGGAAGAUACUGGUCCAAAAUUAACUGUAGUCAGGCAACCAAAAGGGCCUGAUGGCACGCGCGGAUUCAAUCAGGAAAGAUGCCAGCGUAUCCCUGGUGCCAUAGAAGAAUAAUGCGCCUGGGCAGCUAAUGAGACUGGGCUAUUAAUUAUCCAAAUUGUAAUCUACAAUUUGUUUUUAGUCUAUACUUCGAUACAGAGAUUAUUAUUGUAAGCAUGGUCGUAAACAUUUGCCAAAUUCAGACUAAUGUGACAACAAUAAUUAUAAUGAUAAUAAUCUGAAAAUGGAUGGUGACCAAGGGCCGGAAUAAUAUAAAAGUAAAAAAAAAGUAAACAAAAGAACAACGACUUAUUUUAUCACCUCAUAAAGGAAGGAAAUGGGAGGAAAAGGAAUAAGAAGACGAUUCGUUUUACUCAGAUAAAUGUUAGAAUUUAUUCUAAUACGUAAUUGGUUUCUCUCUUUAGUUAAUUUCCCUACAUCUUGAUGAAUUUAUAGCAUGCUACCUAUUCAAAGUUACUUUUUUGAGCGUAAUGGAUAGUUUAUAAGAUUCGAAAUUUUUUAUUAGUAUGUUUCUAUUUGCGUGGAAGUUCGGUAAAUAUAUAAUUUGUUACUUGAAAAUAUAUAACAAAUUACUAAAAGACAUCUCAAAAUACUUACAGGCUGGAUUUGCAAUCUGCUUGUAUUUGAGAUAUGUCCGUCUAUCUCUAUAAAAAAUAUAUACAUGUCGCGCGAUAUAUACCAUCUUUAUUCAUAUGAUUUAUUUUGAAACUUGAUUUACCUAUUAUGUACAUCGUAGUGUAAUAUAAAUGUACAAUGGGUAAAAAAGAAAAGAAAAAAACUAAUGCCAGAGUCUAUAUGAUGCAAAAAAGGUAAAAUUAAAAGAGAAUAGCCUUCACAGAUUCGUUAUUGAAAUUUGCUAAAUAAUUUUAUUAAGAACAAGUGAGUUUUGUUGUAAUAAAUUACGAUAUUGAGUCACUUUGUUAAAAAGAUGUCUAUGAAUUUGUAAAAAGGAAAGGAAGAGUUAUGACUAGCCAACUGUUUAUUCUUAGUAUAAUAUAUAUAUAUAUAUAUAUAUAUAUAAAUAUAAAAAUAUAUAUAUAUAUACACAUGUCGUUAAGUUCCUCUAAUGCAGUGUUGUAAAAUCAAAUUAGUAUUACUAAUUCUAUGGAUAUACAACAAUGGAAAUUACAAAAAAAACUAUGUAAAGAAUAAGAAGUCACGUUUUAUAAGUUUUGCCAUCUGAAACGGUAAGCGAGAUGCAUGUGGCAUUAUUGUAGAAAUAUGAGAGAAAUAAGGUAAAAUAAGGUAAAGUACAUAACACAAGCACGAUACAAACUAAGCGCUUGUCCCGAAACUCAUGGAUCCAACACAUCAUGUGCAUACAUAUUGUAAAAUUAUUGAUGAAUAAACAGUGGAAGCAUCGAAA